AUAAAAAUUUGAGACAAGGGAAGUUAGUGAAGGAAAGAUGGCGGCAAGUAUUUGUUGCUUCUUUUUACUUUUUUAGGUGGUGAUUUUGUCAAUAAACGUAAAGUGUUGAUGCUUGACACUAUAAGGGAAAGUGCCCAAAAAUUAUUUGUUAGAGCUGUUUAUACUAAAUACAUCAAAGUGGCGGUUCAUCACCACCCGGGCAUGAUGGAGCCCAUGAUGAUGAUGGGCAUGAUUGAUAAUUCUGCGGUGGGACUGAAUUAUUCCACAAAUCGAACGGCGUUCCCACCACCCCAAGCCCACGCUGUGGUCCCCAAUGCAAUGUCUAAUCACUUACCACCACAACCCAAUCCACCUCAAAAUCCACAGCCGAUGACGUCGGUUCCUGCAUCAUCGUCAAGCAAUUCGAAACCUAAAAAGCAGCGAAAGAAGAAAUCUGCCGAUGGCAUGAUCACGCUGAAACCAGACGACGAAGCCAGUAGGCUGAAAAAGAAGAAAAGUUGUAAGCCUAAGCAGAAAAAUAAACCCAGGAUCAAGCCAGUUGACGGAACUGUUUCACUGUUAGGGAAAAAAGGAAAAACACUUGAUGCCCAAGCUCGUGAAAUAGCUCUAAAUGUGGCUGAAUACUUUAAACGCGAAGCAGAAUUAGGACGAACUUUGAUGCCGCUGCACAGUUAUCAGAAAAGAGCUGCUGCAGCAACUGGUGUGUCCACAGCAACAUUACGCAAGCUGGAAGGAGCAAGACGGGAAAUCAGAUCUGAAAAAGUAGCAGCAGAAUGUAUGGUUGAUGACCCAUUUCCAGAUCUCCAUAUUGCUGACACCAGUUUUCUUGACACAACAGAGUCAAGGCAUAAAUGUCGGAAGUGUACAAAAUCACGCAAAUACUUCUGCUAUUCAUGCUGUGAACCCAUGCCUCAGAUUAAAGAUAAAAUUCCAAGGGUCAAGUUGCCAGUAAAAAUAGAUAUUAUAAAACAUCAGAGUGAAUCUGAUGGUAAAAGCACCUGCCCUCAUGCUGUAGUCCUGGCACCCGAUGAUGUCACAGUCUACACAUUUCCAUGCAUACCUGACUAUGACAGAGACAAGGUGGUGCUAGUGUUUCCCUGCUCAGAGGCCAAGACCUUGAAAGACGUGAUGCAGUCUGCCUCCAGCAGCACAUUAGUCUCCCUCUCAGCCAGCAUGCCUCUAACUCAGACUGACUCGGGACUGCAUACGCCUCAUCCGCAAGACCAGGGCCUACACACCCCAGGUGGAUAUGCUGACAUCACAACUUCCUCUACAUAUGCCGAUCUCCAGACUAUCUGGACCAGUGCUUACUUCCAGUCUACAGGCCCCACCCCAGGCAUGCAGCCAGCUGCUACCUACACCUACCUGCAGACCACACCAAUGUAUCCCAGUACACCAGAUUUCAGUACAGGAAAACCAGUGGCAGAAUCCCACAUUCAGCGAGAAGACAAGCCAGUAAGGCUAUCUGUGCCUUUUGAGCGUGCUGUGUUCAUUGAUUGCACAUGGAACCAAACUAAGAAUAUCAUUCAAGACGAGAGAUUAAAAGAUCUUCGGCGAGUAGCAAUAAUGAACUACAACACACAAUUCUGGCGCUGCCAAGAGGGUUUACCAACCACUUUCUUGUCCACCAUUGAGGCAAUUUACUACUUUGUGCGAGAGUAUCAUGAAGAAGUGCUGAGCAGCCCAUACAUGAAUGAAUAUGAUAACCUUCUGUUUUUCUUCCUCUACUUCUACAGAAAAAUUCGUGAGAAGUAUCAAGGUGGAAAGGAACUAAAAGCAUAUAACAGGAAACCUUCAGUAUGAUUCACAUGCCAAACUUAUAUCACCAACUUAAGUUUUUUUCUUUUUUUUUUUUUUUUUUGUGCUAGCUUUUUGUGAACUUGGGCAAGGUAAUUGUGGAGAGGUGUGGAUAAGUGGACAUAAAAACUACUUGAAAAGAAAAAAGCUGAAGUUUCAAAGAUCUGCACCCUUAGGCCCAAGAAUGGAAUUGUGUUUGUAUGACAACCCAUGACUGUUAACAAGCACUUCCAUUAUUAGGAUUCAAAAAUGACAAGCUGAAAUCAGGAUUCUCUUAGGAUUAAAUUAUGAGCAAGAGACAAAACUUGACAGGUGUUUAUUACAAAAAAAUGAACUACCAGUAAGCAAGGUAAACAUGAGAUUUGUUGGCUGCCAUAAUUUUCUCAACUUAUAAAUUUCUUUUUAACUGCCAGAAACACUUUGGAGUAUGAAUGUUUGGGAUGAGUGUUGGGAAGAAGUGUUAGAAGAAUAUCAGCUUUUUAAAACAUAUUUUACAGUGCAUCAUGUUUUUUAGAAUUUCUGUUGUAAAAAUCUCUAAGGCCGGUAACUUUUUCUUCUGUACUUAAGGUGUCUUCUCAAGUUACAGUCACUGGAUCUAUCUUAAUGCCAAAAGUUUGGAUGUGUCACAUCUUACUGUUAAAACUGACAGAUCUUUCUAACUAGUUAUUACUACUACUAGAUGUAAAAUUAUGUUUUAGUGUUAUUGCCCUUUGGGUCAUUCUUCUCUGAAGCAUAUUCUGCAAAAAUUUUCUCCCUCCUUCUGAUCUUAGUAACAUUGACAAGAUUUAUGACCUACUGCUUUCGAAGUUUCAAGUCAGCUGAACUGUUGUUAUAAAGCAUGAAAUGAACACAUUAAAACUACCUGUACAUUUAAACAAUAUUUUUAAUCAACGGCACCACAUGAUUGAAUGCAUGAGCAGCAGGCUGCCAAUAACACAUGCACUUGAAUAGUUAUACAUCUUAAAAUGUGUAAACAUUUGCUCAUUGAUGUUUAUAUUGUUUUUCUGUAGGCACAUUUAUCUUUGGGUUGUAUCUUCUCCCCCAGUCUUUGUUCAGAUCAAAGAUUAUUUUAUUGUUUAAUUUCAAAUUUAUUUACUAAAUUUUAGUAGAGAAAGGUACCAUUGUCUUUGAAUUUGUUUUUUUUACUUGGCUGGCCAUACAGAUAACUUUUGUUUUAACAUUUAAAAAAAUAGUUUUAAGAGGAUUAUUUAAAGAUGUAAAUAAAACCCUUGUUUACAGUGGUGUUAAAUGAAGAGGUCAGGAAGUUUACAUUUGUUUUGAAGAGACAAAUUGAAGAUCAUAGUGGACAUUUCUUCUUACAAGACUAAACUUCAGAAAGUGCAUUCAUAUUUUUACAGCUGUUUUCCAGCCUUUGAUUCAAAUGCAUCAAUGAUAAGGCUUGCCAUUAAAUAUUUUUAAAUUUUGCCAAUGAGCUGUCUUUUUAUCCUUAUGUCUAGGGUAAACAAAAUUGGUGAUAAUUGGAUGAACAGAAUAUUUGCAAAAAAAGCUGUUGUUAACACUUUAUUAUAAAACAGUAGCUAGUAGUCCUAAACUACUGUGAAAAAUGGGAAGAUUGGGGAUAAUCAGUAAAGAGUCGAACAAUGUAUGGUAAGAAAAUAUUUUAGUUCACAUUCCAAUAGCUGAAAGUAAUUAAAUACCAGAUUAAAAAUUUUGAUUAUUUGAAGGGGAAACAGCUAUUCAAGUUGUAAAUCAUUGGUUUCAUUUUCAAAAUUAUUUUAACACCUUUUACGCAGGCAGACAACUUAAACUUGAUAAAUUUUUGUUUACAAUAAGCAAACCACAGUAUUUUAUGAUUUUGUUUUUUUGUUUGUAUACAUAUUUAGAAUUACAUGUACUGAGUAUUGCCAAGCUGGGGAUUGUAAACUACUGAAAUGGAGUGCAGUACUUUAUUUUGGUUUAUAAUAACAUCUUACAGACUGUAGGCCUUUGAUAACUGAGCAUAAACAGUUGCUUUUAUGACAAUUCUUUUUCCAUUCCUGUUAGCCCACAACUGAUCAUUAGUCUACAUUGUAUGUAAAAACAUAAAUGUUAGAUUGUCUUAAUCUGUUUCUUAUAUCACUGAGUUAUGUGUUAUGUAAGAGGAUGUCUUUCUUUGCAGCCUGUCUACCUCAGGACUAAAGGUGUGUAAUGGUUAUUUUAAGUAAACAGUUUGUGCGACUGAGGAUGAAUGGAGGAGUUAAAAAUUACACUAAAGAGUGAAUAUGCAAAUGUUAUGUUGCUGUCUGGAUUAUGUAAACAACAAAGUACUGGGAGUGUCACCAUUUGAACAUGAAACAACUAGGCACCAGUUUUCAUACUUAGACACUAAGCACCACCUAAAGAUGUCUGGGUAAAAAUAUUGCUGUCUUGAUUCCUCGGAAUCUGAAUCAUCAGUAAUGUUCCUUUGGAUUUGAAAUGAUAAAUGCUGAAUUUUAAAGUCUUUCAUUCUGUCUGCACAAAUAUUGUGACCACUCUGCUGCCUUAUGCAGUGCAUGUACAUCAAUUUCCAAAACGUGUCAGAUUUACGUGCUGUUUAGCAGUGAUGUACAUGCAUGUCUAAGAUUAAUCAAAUCCUUGAUGGAUAAAAAGGGGAGGGCACUCUGUCAUCAGCAUGAUAGCAAACAAAAACAUAUUUGCUUCAAAAUAAUUAAUACAUUUCUUGAACUGCUGAAUGUUUGAGACAGAGGUGAGCCCACACAUCGUGAAACCACAUGUAGUGUUACAUACCAGUUGUAACAUAAAUAUAGAUCACCUGAAAGAUUAAUGCUAAAAAAGGACCUAAUAUUUGCUUAAUUCAGUUUUGUACCCAUUCCAAGAAUGCAGGUGUCACUUUUUCCCUUUUUUAUUUAAAGGAUGAUCUUACUGGAAGCUUUCUUUAUGUAUGGUGAAUUGUAAAAUGAAUGAUUGUAAAAAUAAAAAUGUAGUUGAUACAUGAGAAAUUUGAUAUAUUUGGAAUAUUCAAAUUUUAGUCAUGCCUUGCAAUAUGGUAGAUUAAUUUUUUUCAGAGUUUAUACUGAUGAUUUAUGCAAUAUAUAAAAGGUAAAUUAUUGUAGCUGCUUGUCCAAAAAAAAAUAUCGAACCAUAGUAGGUGGUUUUGUCUUAAAAUGAUUUCAGGAUUUUGUCGAGCAGUUUCUUACAUAUAUAAAAAAAUUUAGUGUUUUAUUUUGGAAACACCUAACUACAUAUAUGAAUGUAUGUUUUUUUUUUUUAAAUACAGUAAAAAAAUGAAAUGGGUACCACACAAGAGUUUCUUUUUAUGGCAUUGUCUUUGUAACUAUUAUGCCAUUGAAGCUUUGGACAACUGAAAACAUUGCUGACAAUAAAUCAUACACAUAUCUUUUUGAAACAAAAAA